AUGCCAUCAACCCUCCUCUUCAACAUCCUCCACACAAUCUACCCCCUCCAAAACCCCAACAAAACCCGCGACAGACCUUUGGAAGUCCUCGCCGUAGGCCUCUCGCGAACAGGAACCGACUCACUGCGUCAAGCCCUUCUGGAAGUAGGCUAUCAAAACGUCUACCACGGCUUCAGCUACGGCGCUUCGCCCAAUGAUUGCAUCCAGUGGAUCCGUCUCGGGCAGGCGCAGGAAAGGGGCGAUAAAUCCUUCCUUAAUGCGAAGGAAUUCGAUCGGAUUCUGGGAGACUGUGAUGCCGUGACGGAUAUCCCUCCUGCAGGCUUUGCAAACGAGCUCCUGGAUGCGUUUCCCGAUGCCAAGGUUAUUCUCAAUUAUCGCGAAGAUGUUGAUGCGUGGGUGACGAGUUGCCUCAAUUCGAUUGAAACGACCUCUGGGUCUGGGCAGCCGUGGUAUGAGUACUUCCUGAGUUACUUCGGAUCUUCUUUGUUCUUCCGGCAGUGGAGCUAUUGGUACGUCUGGGCGAGAUAUUUCGGUGGAGACUUCCGACGGAAUGGGAAGGCUUGGUAUCUUCGACAUUAUCGAGACUUGGAGACGAAACUGGAGGGGAGGAAGUACCUCAAGUGGAAGGCUGAAGAUGGGUGGGAGCCGUUAUGCAAAUUCCUCGACAAGACUGUGCCGCUGGGUCCGUUCCCUCAUGGCAAUGCUCCGGAAGAGUUCUUCAAAACCGUGGAAGUCUACAAAGCGGAAUGGACGAGCAGGUCUGAGAAGAACAUGCGCUUGAUCGGUGGGAUCCUGGCCUCGGUGAUUGUUGGUGUUGUCGGGUUUGCAUACGCUCGUUCAUAA